UUCCUGGAAGUGCUAAAACGAUUCGUUAAGCUCUUGUUCAAGUUGAAGCUCGAUUCCAUUUUGUUUGGGUUUUUUCUUUAUUUCCCUCCGUUGCUCGAAUGAAGUUUCCUCGUCUCAAGCUGUGUGACAAGGAGGAAGAGCAAACCGUGGAAUAGACCCGUGCAAGUGAAGUGACCGCCUUCAGCCGCUCGCCCCGAUACUGGCAGCAAAAGAGCACACGUCGACCUGUUCCUGCGUGGCGGACCCUGGCGCACGGAACGUGUGGCUCUCGUACUCUUGUGCAAUCGCUCCAAGCGCCGACCCAAGGAACCCAACUCAACUGACCGCUAGCGGCAUUGCCUCGCGCCGCCGCUUCCCGCCUCCCCCUCCAAAGAUGUCCUCCUCGCUCGUCCCCACUACCUCCGGCGGGCUUCACGUCUGCCCGUCCCCGCCUCGGCCGCGCCGGCGCCGAUGCUGCCAGGUCACGGCCGCCGCGCUCCCGCCGGCACCGGGCCGCCGCGCCGUCUCCCUGGCCGGCGUCGCCGCCUGGCUCGCCACUGCUGUCGGGCGGGCGGACGCGGCUAGUCCAUUCGACAAGUACGUCAAGAGGAAGAAGCUGGAGCCUCUGGAGACCUACGUUCCAGCUGUGCUGCUGACUAUUGACCAGUUCGUUGAUCUAGAGAAAUCCUUAGAAUUUGAGAAGCCAAGGUUCGACGAGACCAGAUCAUUACUUCGCUCCGGACCAGCAUCAUCUCUACGAAUCAACAUUCGGGCGGUGGCACAAUAUGCUGACAGUAAUGGUCAAGGCAAAGCUGCUUCAGACGCUGUGGACGAAUGCUUACGAGCAUUGGAAGAUCUCGACUCGCUGCUACUACAUGCAUCACGGAAUGACCCCUCAGCAUCCGUUGAGACCAUGAGGAGCAAGAUCAGUGUUGCCCUUGGAGCAUUAGACAAUCUCUUGCAAACUGUGCCAUCUGCGGUCCUGGAUAAAGGAAAGGCAAUUGCUGAUGCAUACCGGACUCCUGCAGAUGAUUAUGCCGAGGAAAAUGCUGCCGAGUUGGAUCCCAAGCUGAAACAGUUGGAGGAUAUUCUUUAAGCCUGAAUUUUGUUGAGUCCAACCUUAUGUACUGACUACUUCCAGUGAUGCGACUAUAUUGUAGAGUGAAAUUUAGAGAGAAAAAUCGUACAUCAAUUUUUUUUUGUAAUACUUUUAUGUUUAUACUAUACCUGAUUAGGUAAUCAAAUUGUUUGAAUGGUAAAUUUAUAUGGAUAAAUUUCUGAUGGCCGCAACAUAUAUGCGCAGCCAGGGGAAGAUCACAAA